CACACGUCCGCAUCACGGCGUCCCCGUCACACCCGGCUCCCGGGAUCCCACGCUGUAGACACGCCCCCGGCCUGGGUCCAGCUCUCUCCGCCUAGUCCGGGUUACGUGGCAGCGCUACCGUCAGCAGCACAGCGGCGGACAUAUUACAUGCCGGUCGGUGGAAGCGGUAACCGGCUGCUGCAGGGUAUCCCGUUACACAGCGGAGGGAUCCGGGAGGUGCUGCAGUCAGCGGAGCGGCCGUGCACAGUGCCCCAUCACAGAAAAUGAUGGAAGAGAGCGGCAUUGAGACAACUCCCCCUGGCACUCCUCCUCCCAGCACCUUGGGGACAUCAAACGCAGCUGCUACAGCUAUCGCCACCCCAGUGCCACCAGUUUUAUCAAGUCCAUUACCUGCUCUGACAGUCCCGUCUGCCCAGUGCUUUUCUCCUCCUACUUUCUCAUCCCCUCUUCCACCUUCAACCAUUCCUCCCAUGAGAACCUCCGCUCCUCUGCCUUUUACACCCCCACCCUUGGCCUCAGGAGGGUUUCUGCCUCCUCUUCACACAUCUGCGCCUGCAGGUUUCAGCAGUCCAAUGCCAUCCUUCUCUUCUCCUGCAUCUUUUCCUCCUCCUCCUCCACUCAGCUCCACUCCUGCACCUGUCUUAUCAGCACCACCUAUGGGUCCUCCAGUCACAGGAUUUUCUAUGACGUCCACCUAUGAUAUUACAAAGGGUCACGCGGGGCGAGCACCACAGACACCACUGAUGCCUUCAUAUUCUGCACCUUCUGUCUCAGUUUUACAAAAUCCUGUUACCCAGCUUGCCCCUGGCCCCCCUGGAGCAUCCAGCCCUUCCAUUACAUUUCCGGAGGAGCCUGAAGACCCCAGGGUGUUUGCAGCACACAGUGAGUCCUCUGCUGGAGGAAUCUGGGGCUUUUUUAAGGGAGUCGCUGGAAAUCCCAUGGUGAAAUCUGUGCUGGAUAAGACCAAACACUCGGUGGAGAGCGUGAUCACCACUCUGGACCCUGGCAUGGCUCCAUAUAUCAGAUCUGGAGGAGAGCUUGACCUAGUGGUAACCUCAAAGAAGGAAGUGAAGGUUGCUGCCGUGCGAGAUGCUUUUCAAGAAGUUUUUGGCAUGGCCCUUGUAACAGGAGAAGACGGGCAGUCAAACAUUGCUCCUCAGCCGGUUGGCUAUGCUGCAGGUCUGAAGGGAGCCCAGGAAAGGAUUGAUAGCCUGCGUCGGAGUGGCAUGAUCCAUGAGAAGCAGCCUGCUGUGUCGGUGGAAAAUUUCAUAGCUGAGCUUCUGCCAGACAAGUGGUUUGACAUUGGCUGUGUAAUUUUUGAUGACCCAGUCCAUGGGAUACGUUUAGAAGUCUUCACACAAGCCACGCCUGUGCCUCUAGAAUUUGUACAACAGGCCCAAAAUCUCACCCCACAAGACUACAACCUCCGGUGGUCUGGGCUGUCGGUAACAGUGGGCGAAGUGCUGGAGAGAAGUUUGCCCCAUGUCAGCAGGACUGAUUGGCACAUGGCCUUCACAGGCAUGUCCCGUAAGCAGAUGAUUUACAGUGCAGCCAAAGCUCUUGCGGGAAUGUACAAGCAGCGUCUCCCACCAAGAAUUCUUUGAAAACAACCUGACUUGACAAUUUUUUUUUUUUAUAGAAUUGUGUGUAUAGAUCUAAGAUGACUUGGAGCAGUAGUUCUCUAUUGUUGAAAGCACAAUUGCCUUCUGUUGAGAUAUCUGAUUUCUGUGCUAUCAAGAGGUUACAACAUGUGUUAUAUGCAUUGCUAAACAUCUGAAAUGUAGGCCCCUUCCUACCUACCUCCACUCACAAUGCCAGUGUGUGUUCAGCAGUGGCAAGUAGGUAGGCCGGGCUUAUACUGCCUAUACAUUCUUCAGUAAUCACAUCAUGUUGGCUUAUAUAUUUGCUUUAAUCUAUGUAUGUCAAUGUAUAUAAUGCAAAUGUCCCGUCAUUUUCAUAUGUGUAGAUCAUACAGCCAGGAAUAUAUUAAAUGUGAUUGCACCUUAAUUGUCCACUUUUUCUUAAUUAUUAUUUGGUAGUUAUUAGGGUCCUUUAACAUGGGCUUGAUAUCAAUCAAGCAUCAAUGAUCCCCUCUGUAUGGGGAUGAAUAAUCACUACAGCGAUUGUUGAUCCCCUUACAGAUUCAUUGUUUGUUGGCAGUACAUUCCUGUUGUGCUGCCCACAAACAAUGAUUUCAGGAGCCACAAAAGAGAUGAGAUCACCCAGCAAACAAGUGUUUACUGCUGCCAAUCGCCAAUUAUCGGAAACAAGCUUUCGAACAAAUCUUCAUCUCCGAUGAUUGUCCUGAUCCACUCCCCGUGUUAAAGGGCCCUUACAUAUCUAGGUGAUAGUUGCAGUGGUGACCUGGAAGAAUGGCCUGUCACCCUUGAUACUGAUUAUAUUUUGUCUUUAGAUUGCAAAUGAAUAUGUCUACUAACUAAUAACCUGUUUUUGGUAAAUUACAUAUAAUGUUUGGGUGCAGUUCAUCUCCAUUUUGAUCCUUGGGAACUAAUUCAUGCUGUUUAUUGAGUCCUAAGGGAUUGCAGUGAUGUCAGACAAGCAGGCGAUCACUUAAACCCACUUCCCUUUUUGUUCUAAUGUACAUAUAUUUCCAUCUGUGUUACAAAUCUGGCAGUGCCUAUUCUAGUAAAGGUUCUGAAUGUCCAUUGUGCAUGUAGAAUGAUUUUUGUCUAGCUUCCAAAUACAGUGUAAUCCAAAAUAUAUUGCACCUCAAUGACCAGGAUGGUUAUUUAGAGCUAAGCAUUUUGUGGUUGUUGUUUUAUAGAAGAUUACAUUAUCACCUAUGGCAUAUACCUUACCUUAAAGAGUUAUUCCCAUCUUGGAUGUCUGAUAGAUGCGGGACCCAGAGGUGGGACCGGCAGCUAUACUUUAAACGGAGCCCGCACAGCACAUGCGCGGCUGCCCUCCAUUCAUUUCUAUAGGGCUUCCGGAAAUAGCCAAGCCAGUGGUCCUAGCGAUUUGCCCCCAAUGUCCAAGAUGGGAAUACCCUUUUAAGUACUUAUUACACAGGCUGAUGCAUAAGCAGUUACGGGGGGAUGUAACGAAUGUUCCUGGUAAUUGCCUGACCGUUGAGCCAAGAUGAUAGGUGCAUUUACACGUAGGAGUAGGAAGCAUUUCCUCUGUAUGGGGACGAACAAUGGCUAGUGUAAUCGUUGGUCCCCAUAAAGAUUCAUUGUUUACUGGCAGCGUAUCCCUGUUUAUACAGGGAAAUGUGCUGGUGACAAAUGGUUUAAUGUGCAACAUAAAAGAUAUGAUAACUGGGAGACCGCCAGCGUCUUUACACAGGGCAAUUCUGUGAUCGGCGGCACCUUCACACAUAGCAAUUAUUGGGAACAAGUGUUGUCCUUAUCCUCACCCCAUGUAAAGGGGCUGCUUGAUGGCUAUUGGGCAAACACUUGUUCAGUUGACAGCCAUUAUUCUUGGAUUUUUUUUUUGCGAUUCGCAUGUCGCAGUGACAGAAGACAUGCGAGUUGCACUGCGAUACUUCAGAAAUCGCCAUGUAGCCGUACCCUAACGGAGUGUUUCACACGUGACAUUUCCAGUUUUAGUGCUGCUGUAAAAUAUUCAUUCAGCAGUGAAGGGGAAUUUACAGAAUCCCAUGUGCACAAAGCACUUGACAUCUGUGCAGCUUUGGGGGAUGACUUUGUAAUUUUGCAGUUGUUUUCCGCAGUUCAACAGCAAAACACUGCUGCUCUGCAGCUAAGCUCAAUGCUCUGGAUGUGGAAAUACUUUAUUCUUUGUAGGUUAUGCUAAAGGCAUUGUUUAGAGGGGGAAAAGCUGCUUUCUUUUCCAGAAAGGCCUCUAUUGUCCAUGAGCUGUGUCUGGUUUUGCAGCACAGCCCCAUUCAAUUGUGCGGUGCUGGUUCUUUAAAAAGAGAAUAGAGACCAAAACCUAUUGAAAUCUCCAAUUUAUCUCAAGUGAAGCUUGUUGUUAUGACCAGCGGUAUGCUCAGAAGUGAAAGGAUUGUUACCUCUAUUGUCCUCCUGCCUUUUAAAAUAUCAUUUUAGAUGUGAUCUCUGGUCGAAAAUUUAAAAUAAAGAUUUCUGGAGCUCGUUUUAUCAGGCCCUUGAUAAAUGGUGUGUCCAAGUCCUAUAUUACGAAUGAUAGCAUCAGUGCUGCAUUUUACUGCCCUUGCAAGAAACGCAGCACAGACUUUUACAAGCUUCACUUUAUUCCCACUGUGAGCGAAAUGCGUAGGAAGCCAGGGCGGGCAUGGUGACUCAUGCCACACAUAGCCCGAUGUAUGAGCAGAAAUAAUUGCUACUGCUUGCUAUUGCUUUGGCUUGUGCCAGCCGCAACACUGUGGAUCAA